UAACCGUGAUGCCGACAGAGACGAUAGUCAACGGUUGUGAUAAUGCUUAUCAAUUAUUAUCACAUUAUCAUGCUUUCCUCCCGACUUCUCGUGCUGAACAAAAAAAUCUCAAAUAUUUAAAUUUUAAAACACAUUUUUUCGAUUUAAUCAACCCAAACUUUCUGAUUUCCGUUUGAAAUCCAUUCACUCUUAAACGGUAGUAUAAUGUCAGCAGAACCCGUGGUUAACGGUGUCGGCGGUACCGAUGAACAAACCGAAAAUGUGGAUGAUGUGAAUUCUAAGAAAACUGUGAAAUAUGACAGUGGAGCUGCUGAUCUAGAAAAAGUGACUGACUAUGCGGAAGAAAAGGAAGUUAUAUCAACCGAUGACAUAUCCGGAGCAAUGACCAUCAUUGGUGACAGAAGGUUAAAAGAAGCAGCUGACAAAAUAGCAAAAGAAAAAGAACUGCAAAAAGUCUCCAUAAAAAAGUCUGAUGUUGAAUUGAUUAUACGAGAAAUGGAAAUAUCGAAAACGCUGGCCGAGAGAACGUUAAGGGAAUGUCACGGAGACGUCGUAAAGGCCCUAAUCGCUUUGACCAAUUGAAAAUAUCAACAAACUUUUGGAAUUUUCCGAGUGAAAAGGAAAAAAAAUUCUACAUAAUAUUAUAAUAUAUUAUAUACGAAACACGCUGUAAAUAAUAUUGACUAAUGUUCAAACAACACGAGUAAAUAAAAAAAUAAAUAAUUUAAAAAAAAAAAAAAAAA